GUGAGAUGAAUCAAUCAAAACUAACCAUUAUUUAUGUGAAAUAAAAUGGAAGAGUUCCACUAGAUGUGUUAUAUAAAAACCCAGCACUCACCAACUGCAAUAAAUUACACAUUUUUUAAGAAACACAAUCAAAAAAACAAAACAAAGACAAAAAAUAGUGACAAAAAAUAUGGAAAAUUGCUAUUGGCCAGGAGAGUAUGGACCGUGGGGCUACAACCAGGGGGAAUCCUCCGCCGCGGCGGCGGCGCUGCAGUACCACCUGUACGGACCUCCGUGGGGCCUUCCGUACGGAGAGGCGGCGCCGGGGGACAGGGCGGCGAGCGCCUCCAGAAGCCACAGCGAGGCGGAGAAGCGGCGGCGGGACAGAAUUAACGCUCAGCUUUCCACGCUUAGGAAACUCAUCCCCAAGUCCGAUAAGAUGGACAAGGCAGCCCUACUUGGACACGUGGUAGAACAGGUGAGGGAACAUAGCAAAAUUGCGAAGGAGGUUAGCAAAUCCUCCGCUGUCCCAACAGAGACUGAUGAGGUCACUGUUGACCACUCAAACGACGAUUCAUCGCAGGAUAAUCGAAACAUUUAUUUUCGGGCCUCGAUUUGUUGUGAUGAUCGGCCCGAAUUGUUUGCCGAGCUCAAUGGCGCAAUCAAGGGAUUGGGCCUUAUCAUACACCACGCGGAAAUCACGAGCAUAGGUGGAAGGAUGAAGAGCAAUCUCAUAUUGUGUGCGAAUAAUAAUAAUAAUGAUGAUAAUGAUAAUAAUGAGAAAAAAUCUUGUCGUGAGUCGAUUAAGCAGUCGCUAAAAUUGGCGUUGAGUCGUGUGGUUAUAUCGGUGGGGUCGUCGGGUUACACGGCCCGAAGCAAGAGGCAGAGGAUUAGCGAAGCAUUGGACUGCCUCUUUUGUAAGUUUUUUCCUGUACAAACUUUCAUCCAUGAGUUCCAUAUGCUUGCGGAUGAAGUUGAGGGGAUACUCGCCGCUGGCGAAGCUACAUAUGGAUUUGCUUUGAUCACGCUCCUCGAGCUCGCAUAUCAGGGCUAUGAGCCAUGUCUUGAGGUUGUAGAUGGAGUCAAUUCUCUAAGCUUGACACGUAAUCCACUUCACUAUUUCGAUACCAUUUGUGAUGCCCUGACACUUUUCUACCCGCUGAAACGUUACUAUUGGAAAUGGCUUGCCUUGGGAGUUGCCAAUAGGAUGACUGAAAAGUAUAGAAGUUGGUCCGAUGGACAAUGCAUUUAG